UUUCAAGGUGACCAAGUACUCAAAACCUGCACCCAAAAGCAGAAAAAAGUUGGUAGAAUUUGAAUCUGAACAGAAGAGAAUGUUGAAAAGGAGGAAAGUAAAUUGAAUAAAAAGUUAAAGAAAGAUAAAGUUGUAAAGAAGAAAAAGGAGGGUUUAUUAGAUAUUAAUAUUGAUAAAGAAGAGGAUGAGGAGGAUGAGGAUGAGGUAGAGGAAGAUAAUAAGAAAAAAAAGAAGAAAGAAGGGGGUAUAUCUCUGAAUGAGAAGAUGAAGAAGCAGAUUCUGAUGAGCAGUGAUGAAGAAGUGGAAGAUGAUGAUGGUGAUGAUGAUGAAGAUGAGAAA